CAGCACCCUAUGACAAAAUGGAACCCACCAGCAGUGUGAGGAGACCUGAAAGUGGCACAUGGCAGAGUGUGGCGAUGGAGACAGCAGCAGCAAUGGGAGGCCGUACAGGGACCCAUGAGACACUCUGGACGGGCCUGGCAGCAGCAUGAGGAGGCGGUACAGGGGCCCAUGGCAGAUUACGGGCCUGGCAGCAGCAAUGGGAGGCCCCACACACCCUAUGACAAAAUGGAACCCACCAGCAGUGUGAGGAGACCUGAAAGUGGCACAUGGCAGAGUGUGGCGAUGGAGACAGCAGCAAUGGGAGGCCGUACAGGGACCCAU